UAUGCUUGCUUCAGCUCGCAAAAUCAUCUGUGGCAUUUUUCGGCCGUAUGGCGGGCGACUUUGAUUCCGAGGCGCUUGCAAGGCGGCUGGAGGACAUUGAGGCCUGCUUUGAGCGGAAGAACAUCGAGAAGGGCGUCAUCCUUCUGGAGGAGACGCUGGGCACUCUCAGGUACUGGAUAAUAGAAUACAUGCGGCGCCCAUAGGAGGCUCUAUGUAGCUCAAUUGAGAGUCUACAGUCAUUCCUCCAUCCAUUGAUCAAUGGCAUUGUUCAUCGUCUUCAAUUGUCCUUACAUGAAUUGGUGUGCUGUGUUGAUGGCCGGAUUGUGGCGGCUGUCUGCAGGCCCGAGGACCUUUCGCCCGACACCGAGCCGGUGAUUAGGUGAGCAAGAUACACAAGAGACCGCUUGUCGGGAUGGAUGGAUGGACGAACGAUGUUUCAUUUUGUCAGCCGUCUGUUUCAGCACUUGUUGAUAGGCUACAACAGCCUGGGGAUGCAGCAGCUGAGGGCAGGCGCAACGGAGAGGGCCCUCCAGCUGCUCAACUCUGCUGACGCCUUGACAGCGCCCAGCAACGUCUUCCUCGCACCGGUAAGGAAAGGUGUUUUGACACCCCUCACAUCCCUCACACCAUGUGUCUCUGCCUCUGUGUCCAGGUGCACCGUCAGAUCCUCAAGUGCAUCACGUUCAACAACCUGGGGUGUGCGUACAAGUCCCAGGGCCGCACACACACCGCCCUGCAGUUCCUCAAGGAGGCACUGAGGCGCGAGGCCGCCCUCCAGACCUCCGGCAGCCUGCCGCCGAGCCAGUCGGCCUCGACCCACCUGAACAUUUGCACCGUUCUGAGCGAGAUGAGCAGGCACCAUGACGCCGUGCACCACGCCAUGAGGGCCGUCAACCUGCUGCAGAUGGCAAUCAAAGAGGGCAUUGACGAAUUUCGAGAAUCGGUGAGCGGCGCGGUGCCGCUAAAUCUUCCUCAGGGGGCGAUUGUGUCACCCUCAAGGCGGGGCUCCUCGGGCAGCAGCGCGCUGCCGCCACCCUUGCUGCCGGUGGCUUAUUUCAACUGUGCUGUGCAGUACGAACACAUGCAGCAGUUCGAACAGGCCAUCAAGGUGGGAAAGAAGCAAAGAGGACAGCCGCCCGCCCCGCUCUGUGUCCCAUUCUCUCUCUCCCUCUCUCUCUCUCUCUCUCUGUGUGUGUGUGUGUAUGUGUGUGCCUGCAGUACUAUGAGAAGGCCUUGGAACUGUGUCGUCUGGAAGAGUCGGCGUCGAAGGGGCAGCAAAAGGAGCAGAGCAGCAGCGGCGGCCAGCAGCAUCCAUUGGUGCCGACCAUUCGCACGUCGAUAGCGGAGGUGAGGCGGGCAAUGGUAGUUCUGGAGGAGAAGAUACGGUCGCGGCGGAGUUCGGGGGCAUCGCAGUCGGAUGGCUUCGCACACACGGGGAGGGAGAGGGGGGCGGGGGUGAAGACGGGGACCCGGGCGCACAGGCAGAUGAGGGCGGCAUCUGCUCAGUGA